AUGUACGACUACCUAGCGAAAGUCGUCCUGAUCGGGCCUUCUGGCACCGGCAAAUCAUGCAUCCUGCAUCGGUUCGUCAAGGCCGAAUGGCGGGUGCUCUCGUCACAGACCAUCGGCGUCGAGUUCUCCUCCAAAAUCGUCAAGAUCGGCUCUGGCGCCACCCGCCGCAGGAUAAAACUCCAGUUGUGGGAUACCGCGGGCACCGAGCGGUUUCGCAGCGUCAGUCGGAGUUACUAUCGUGGUGCUGCGGGGGCGAUCCUGGUCUACGAUGUCUCGAGCCUUGCGAGUUUCAAUGCGCUGCCAACGUUUCUGAGUGACGCACGGGCAUUGGCGAGUCCGAAUCUGACGGUGAUAUUGGCGGGGAAUAAGGCCGACUUAUCAGAUGGGAGUCAACGGCAGAAUAUCCACAUCAGUGGAAACACGCAGCGGCCGUCGGAGACUGCGGGCGCUACACCGUCGAGCACCUCGAGUAGACAGUCGUUUCUGCCGUACGACACCGGUGGAGGCACCAGCGCAGGGACGACACGGUCGCGUGGAGACUCGAUCAACCUAAGCGGCACGAGCAACAAAUGGACGGCGACGGUCUCGUCGGAAGGCCGCGAAGUCAGCAGCGAUCUCGCAUCACGAUGGGCAUCUAAGGCGCUUGUCCCCGUGACGAUGGAGGUGUCGGCACUGACGGGAGAGAAUGUCGACGAGCUAUUCAAUCGGCUGGGCCGCACGAUUCUCACAAAGAUUGAGCUCGGUGAGAUCGACCCGGACGACCCAACUAGCGGGAUCCAGUACGGCGACGGCGGUGGAUACGGGGACGGCGCGAGCGUGCGCAGUGGCAUGACGGGCGGUGACGAUGGUGCUAGCACGUUGCGCAGACGCCAUGGCAAGAGACAGCGCAACGGUCUCUUGUCUGGCUUGACGGAGUGGGAGGAUGUGUUUCGAAGACCGCCGUCCCGCGGUGGUGGGCGAUGCUGCUGA